AUUUAUAACAUAUAUAUCUAUUGGUUAAACGAAAUAGUGAUAAUUAAGAAUAUGCCAUGAAAAAGGUUCGAAUGGGUAAUCUUAAAUUAAGAGAGAGGGAAAAUGCAUUAAAUGAAAUAAGAAUUUUAGCAUCAAUAUAAGAUUAGAACAUAAUAGGGUAUAAAGAAGCAUUUUUUGAUGAGUAAUCAAAUUGUUUAUGUGUUAUAAUGGAAUAUGCAUCUGGAGGAGAUAUAGCAAAAUUAAUAUAAAAUUCAAUUCGUAAACACACACUAAUUGAAGAAAAAGAAAUAUGGAAAGCUUUAAUACAUAUGACAAGAGGUUUAAAAGUGCUGCAUAAAGCUGGAAUUCUGCAUAGAGAUUUAAAAAGUGCAAAUGUUUUUAAAUCAUCAAAUGGAAUCUAUAAAUUAGGUGAUAUGAAUGUUAGUAAAGUAUCACAUGGUGCUAUGGCAAAAACACAAACAGGAACUCCAUGUAUUAUAUUUUAAUUAUAUAAGAUUAUGCUAGUCCAGAAGUAUGGAGAGAUUAACCAUAUUCAAAUCCUUCAGAUGUUUGGUCAUUAGGAUGUGUUAUUUAUGAAAUGGCAACUCUUAAACCACCUUUUAGAGCAACAGAUCUUAAAAGUUUGUUUAGAAAAAUAUCAGCUGGUAUCUAUGAAAAAAUACCAAAAUAAUAUUCAUAAGAAUUAAAUUUUAUCAUUGCUUCUCUUUUAAAAGUGCCACCAUAAUUAAGACCUACUUGUGAAUAAAUCUUGAAUGAUUUAACUAUUAAGAAAUAUAUUGAUGAACUUGAACCAUAACCAUAUUCUCCAUAAUAAUAAAAAUUAGCUAAAGCUCAAUUAUUAUAAACUAUUCUAUUACCUAAAAAUUUAAAAUAGUUAUAGUAAAAAUUACCUAAACCUAUGUAUGAUAUUGAUUAACCUAUUCAAUAAUUACAUAACCAACCCAAAUCUACCAGGUCAGUAUCAGUAAAUGAAUAAAAAUAUACUGAAAGACCUAAAAGUCAAACUCCUUAAUGUUAAAAAAAAUAACCUAAUGUUAUUUCCAAUUAACAAAUACAAAGGCCUGUAAUUUUUUAUAUAUAUACUCAAAUAGAAAAUUCCUUUGGCUCCAGUUAAAUUAUAACAACCUGCAUAAAUCAUCAAUAAUCCUUAAUCACAUAGACCUAAAGAACGUCCUGUCUCUGCUAUGAGAGCUUAAAGUCCAUGUUCAGUUCGAAAAAGUGUUGAUUAAAAAUAAAAUAGAAAUCCCAGUCCUUUAGUUAGAAAAUCAAAUCCUUAUAUUAAAAACAAUGAUGAAAAUAUCAACGCCAACAUUAUCAAGAAAAGAAAUAAUAUUCCACUAAAACGAUGA